UAUUCAAUAUAUAAUAACAGUAAACCAAUUAAUCUCUUCAUCACAAACGUCACUUGUUUUGGGGGCAAAUCCUAGUAGUACAAUAAUUUAUCCUCCUCCUUCUUCUUCUAUACAAGCUUAUAUUGAAACAAAAAUCCCUCUAUCUCUAUCACUCUCUACGGACUCUAUCUCCACCUAUCCAUGGCAACCACAACAACAGAACAAGACAUCUCACGUGCUUCACACGUGCACGACACCACACACAACGGGAACGUUUCCGACGACAGCGAGGUAGAGCACCACGUGGACGACGACGAAGAAGAAGAAGAGGAAGAAGAACUGCAACCUGUGAAUUACAGAAGCUCCAUCUCCACCUCAACAAGUAUUAGUCGAAUUGUGGACCCAAGGGAAAAAUGGGUACAAGAAUGGAACAGAGUGUUCCUAUUUGUAUGCGCAGCAGGGUUGUUUGUAGACCCACUGUUCUUCUACGCCCUUUCCAUUAGCGACUCGUUUAUUUGCAUCUUUGUUGAUGGAUGGUUUGCCGUUACUGUAACGGCGCUCCGUUGCAUGACUGAUGCUUUGCAUCUUUGGAAUAUCUUUCUUCGCUUUAAAAUGGCAAAACGCUCGUUCGGAUUUGCCGCCAACAGUACUGCUGUCUUCGAUUCUCGACGUUCCGUCGCGACUGCUUAUCUUAAGUCCCGUUUCGGCUUCUUCUUUGACGUCUUCGUUAUUCUUCCUAUACCUCAGAUUGUGCUUUGGGUGGCAAUCCCCUCUCUAUUGGAGCAAGGUUCAGUUACAUUUGUGAUGACAAUAUUGUUAAUUGUAUUUCUCUUCCAAUAUCUUCCCAAAAUUUAUCACUCUGUUUGCCAUCUACGACGUACACAAAACCUCUCUGGCUACAUUUUUGGAACUGUUUGGUGGGGUAUUGCCCUUAACAUGAUCGCUUAUUUUGUUGCUUCCCAUGCUGCAGGGGCAUGUUGGUACUUGUUGGGAAUCCAGAGAGCAGCCAAAUGUCUAAGAGAGCAGUGUCAUAAAACAAAUGGUUGUGGCAUUCAAAUAAUGUCUUGUCAUAAACCAAUAUAUUAUGGAAGUACAAGUUUGUGGAAUAGGGAUAGAGCUAGAUUGGAUUGGGCAGAGAACAGAGAAGCAAGAUCCACAUGCUUAAGUGGUCCUGAUAACUAUAAUUAUGGAGCUUAUAGUUGGACUGUUCAACUUGUUACUAAUGAAAAUCGAUUAGAAAAGAUACUUUUUCCUAUCUUUUGGGGUCUAAUGACUCUCAGCACUUUCGGAAACCUAGAGAGCACAACAGAUUGGCUAGAAGUUGUUUUCAACAUCAUAGUCUUGACUAGUGGUCUUCUUCUAGUCACUAUGUUGAUCGGAAACAUCAAGGUGUUUUUGCAUGCAACAACCUCGAAGAAGCAAGUGAUGCAAUUGAAGAUGAGAAAUGUUGAAUGGUGGAUGAGGAAAAAGAAUUUGCCGCAGGGGUUUCGACAACGUGUGCGUAACUAUGAAAGACAACGUUGGGCUGCUAUGCGUGGUGUUGAUGAAUGUGAGAUGACUAGAAAUCUUCCGGAGGGCUUAAGAAGAGACAUCAAAUACCAUCUAUGUUUAGAUUUGGUUAGACAGGUGCCAUUGUUUCAACAUAUGGACGAGCUGGUUCUAGAGAACAUAUGUGACCGAGUAAAAUCUCUUAUCUUCACAAAAGGAGAAACAAUAGCGAGAGAAGGAGACCCAGUACAAAGAAUGCUUUUUGUAGUAAGGGGUCACCUUCAAAGUAGUCAAGUACUGAGGGAUGGGGUGAAAAGUUGUUGUAUGUUAGGACCAGGAAAUUUCAGUGGAGACGAACUACUUUCAUGGUGUUUGAGAAGGCCCUUUAUAGAGCGUCUUCCACUAUCAACAUCCACACUCGUCACACUUGAAACAACUGAGGCUUUUGGUCUUGAAGCAGAGGAUGUGAAGUAUGUCACACAACAUUUCAGGUACACAUUUGUGAAGGAAAAGGUGAAGAGAAGUGCUAGGUAUUACUCACCAGGAUGGAGAACUUGGGCUGCAGUGGCCAUUCAGUUAGCAUGGAGAAGGUACAGACAUAGGUUGACUUUGGCUACAUUGUCAUUUAUCAGACCUAGGAGGCCUUUGUCACGUUGCUCUUCCUUGGGAGAGGAUAGGCUUCGUCUCUACACAGCUUUGUUAACUUCACCAAAGCCUAAUCAAGAUGAUUUUGAUUUUUAAGAUCAAGAUGUUAGUGUGGAUAAAGUACCCAAAAUCCAAUUAUUUGAUGUUAUAUUAUUUUAUAUAUUUAAUUAUUUUUGUGUAAAUUAAAAUUUUAGAUUA